CGGCACUGCGCGUGCGCCUCCCAGGCCAGGUUGGAUUAAAGUUGCCGCCGACCGCCUGGGGAUUUAAAGGGCCCGCUGCCUGCUCGAAGUUGGUUUGAAAGUGAGGGAUGGUUAGCUGUGGACGGCACUUGGUCAUGGGACCUGUGCGGUUGGGAACGUUGCUUUUCAUUUUGACUGUGUACGGUGCUUGGGCUGGGACGCCGAAGGAGGAGGACGAUGACACAGAACGCUUGCCCAGCAAAUGCGAAGUAUGUAAACUCCUGAGCCUGGAGCUACAGGAAGAGCUGAGUCGUACUGGCCGAUCUCGAGAGGUGCUGGAGCUGGGGCAGGUGCUGGACACAGGCAAGAGGAAGAGACACAUCCCUUACAGCGUUUCAGAGACAAGGCUGGAAGAGGCCUUGGAGAAUUUAUGUGAGCGGAUCCUGGAUUACAGUGUUCACGCUGAGCGCAAGGGCUCAUUGAGAUACGCCAAGGGGCAGAGUCAGACCAUGGCGACGCUGAAAGGCCUGGUGCAGAAGGGGGUGAAGGUGGAUCUGGGGAUCCCUCUGGAGUUGUGGGACGAGCCCAGCGUGGAGGUCACGUUCCUCAAGAAGCAGUGUGAGACCAUGCUGGAGGAGUUUGAAGAUGUCGUGGGAGACUGGUACUUCCACCAUCAGGAGCAGCCCCUACAGCAUUUUCUCUGUGAAGGUCAUGUGCUUCCAGCUUCUGAAACUGCAUGUCUACAGGAAACUUGGACUGGAAAGGAGAAGAUCACAGAUGGGCAAGAGAAGACUGAAGAGGAGGAGCAAGAUCAGGAGGAGGAGGAGGAAGAGGAGGAGAUGACUAACACACCGGUCCACUCCCAGCAUGACCCAGAGGAUCUUUGACCCUUGCCUUUGAGCCCCCAGGAGGGACAGGGGUCAUGGAGAACCCUCUGAAGUCUGAGCUCUCCUUGUCCCACAGCUUUAAGAGUGUGUGUAUGUGUGAGUGACCCCACCUUACAGCUUGUAGCUCUUCUCUCCCAUCUGGUCUCAGGCAGGAUCCUGGUGGUGUAGCAUUGCCUGGCUAUGGAGAGAAAGGUGGAAGCAGUAGAUAGAAGCCCGGCCCCAGCAGAUGAGUCCUCUAAAUGCCAUUUGGCCCCUUCUCAGGUGUGUGUGGUGACCGUAUUGUUAUUUGAAUAUCUCCACUACUGCCCACUGGACCCAGAGGUCAGCUGGGCAUAGGAGCAGUGGACCCUGGCAAAGUCCCUUUGCCCCUUGAAGGUCUGUUUUUAGACUCUUAAAACAGAGAAGACAGAAUGGACAUUCUGAACAACCUAUACACACCGCUGGCAUCUAGGAGGCUACAUGCCACCAAUCUGUGAACGGGAAGGGGACACUGGAUGGGGACAGGGCAACACUGAUAAGUUAGAUGAAGUUAGAUGGGGUAGACACUUUGGUCUACUUCGUAGUAAUUUCACCGAGAGACGACCAUGUAACAUCAAAGGUGCCAAAUUUUCUAUAACGCUAGUAAACUUUUUUUUUAAUAUCA